AUGAUGUCUGCUUAUUUCAACACACCGCCAGCCAACGGAUUCGACGAGCAAAUAGCUGCAGGAUUAUUACUUCUUACCGGCCUUACUCCUGAUAUCAAAGACCCUAAAGAUGGAGUCACGAUUCCACCUUUCCGUCCAACAGACAACUACCACUUUGAGACUAAAGGUCCAGCCGUCAUAGCCGCACUCUCAGUGUGUAUGGUCAUCCUCACGGUUGUUACCUUUUUGAGACUGGGCAUUCGAAUCUUCGUCCAUGGGGUCCGCUUUGGUGCCGAUGACUGGCUCAUCAUUCCAGCAUAUCUCCUGUCCAUGGCAUACCCAGCACUUCAAAUUGCUAUGGUUCAGCAUGGAGGAGCGGGAAAGCACUUUUACGACAUCACCUAUCAAGAAUACUUCCAUUACAAAUAUCUCGCGCCGUCAGCCGCCACUGUAUUCUACGUCUAUGUAGGACUUGUCAAAAUGAGCAUUGCCUUGUUCAAUGUCCGAUUGACAACUCUUACGACGCGGUUGUGGAAGAAUGUCAACUGGGCGUUCUUCGCCACAUGUGCGGCCUAUACCGUCGCAGCACUGUUUCUGAACGUCUUCAAAUGCAACCCUCAGUACGCGAGUUUCAACCUGCUCCGGAUCGCCGAGUCGGGCAAGGUACCGAAGUGUUUGUCCGUCAACCACAUGAACACCAUCCUCCGCCUGAACCUCGCUCUGGACUUCACUGCUCUCGCCAUCCCGAUAAUUGUGUUGUGGAAAGUUCAGCUGAGCUGGAAGAGAAAGGCCCGCAUCUUUGCCCUGUUGUCCAUCGGCCUGAUCGCCUGCAUCGCGUCAGUAAUGACCCUUGUUUCGCAGUAUACCUUGGAGAAGGAUCCGCUAUGGAACUACACGACUCUACUGGCAUGGAUCAUGGUCGAGAUAGUCAUCAGUCUGGUCGCAGCUUGUGCUCCAACCCUUGCCUACCUCCUUCCGCGCUCUAUGCUCUCGAAGCACCAGGCGUCCAACAGCGCUAGCAAAUCGACAGGCCAAAAGGCAGCUACUGGCUUCGGUUCGCGACCGUCAAGGAACGACGACGCUUUACGGGCACGUUCUAUACAAGGAGAAGACGAGGACAGCGAAGAGGAGUUGGUGGAACGUCGCAUCGUCGUGAAGGAAGACAUUAAGAUGGAGUGGCAGGGCAACAGGCGCAGCGAAGCCCUCGGUGCGCAAUCGGGCCAUCAGUCAAAUCAUGACGGCAGCCUGACAACCUGGUAUGGCGAUCAGAGCGGAAAUACAGGCGCUGUUGUCUAUGACGGCCGCCAGCACGGAGAGAGGACGAGAGUUUGGGUGAGCGCGGACAUGUCAGGCAGGAACAGUCCUGGUCAUGAAUUUCACCCCGGACAGGCGAUAUGA